CGAGUGGAGCGAGGAUGUUGGAGCCUGUGGAAAGAAUGGAGGAUUUGAGCAGUGACUCGUUGCCGGGGACGACACCAAAGAACCCAGUGGAGGAGUGCGAAAGUUUCUCUCUGUGGGGAAAAGAAGUUGUAGCUGAAGCUAAUCUGAGAGAUGAGUACUAUUGGAAGCUUGUUGCAGAUUUCAUUGGGCCUCAGUCGGGGGAAGGAUUGGAGCUUGAACAGAUGAAAUGCAAGAACAGACUCCUGAUGCAAGUGGGAGUCAUGAGAGAGGAAAAUAACUUCCCGUGGCUUGCCGUUGUUAAUUGGCUUAAAAACAUUUUCCCCAGACACUAUGCUGCUGACUUCCGUCGGUUGAUUGAAAGAGGCAUCGCGACGACCUUGAGUCUGGGAACUGAAGCCAGGCGGACCUUCAUGGCAUCGGAUGUCAAUUUUGACUUUGUUGGCCCCAUAUGCGAUAGCAUUGGGGUUGAACGGACACAUCUUUUGGAAAUGAGGGAUUUUUCAGAGCGAGCGCAAUCGAUUGAAGUCACAAAUGGAUUGAUUCUUGAGUUGAGCAACUUUGUCGCGAGGGAGAAGCUCGCCCCGGUCAUCUUAGUAACUUGGCUCAGAAACUUCAACCGGGAGUUUUGCAAGAAUGGGAAUAUUCAAAGUGCUUAUAAAGUCCUUAAACCCAGGAUAAAAAAGGUGAAGUUUUGCUACCGUAAUUAUGAAACCAGGAGUCACAGGAGGAAUUUAGCGAUGGAGAAUCUGCUUCAAAGUCCAUUUGAGCUGGUGUGGAAAAAAGAGCCGAAGUUUUUUCCAAAGAAACGCAUGAGAAGAGAGAUCAAAGGUGAAAGAGUGAGAAUCAAGGAAGAAUAUGAGAGUUUUGAAAUCAUGCCAGGUGAAGGUUCUGGGAUGGACCGAGGGAUCGUGAAGAAAGUGACCGUGAAAGAACGCUUCUCUUUACGAGAAGAAGGGGAUGUGAGUCCGGAAGGAUCCAGCAACGGAGAGGGAAUCUUAGACGUCCGACGGCCCCUGACCCUUCUGGACAUCACAAUGCUGUCUGUUCACAGGCUGUCAAAAGUGUACGGUGGGAAAACCGCAGAAUGCAAACAAGUUUCCUUCAAUUUCCUCAAAAAUCAGUUUGCUCUGACGUGCAAGGAGCAUCCCGCCAUGGCAGAGUUUGAUGACAAGGUCAAUUUGCUCGGUAAGGAGAUCUCACUGGUUUCUCCUGUGAAGUUUAUACACUACAACGCCAUUUUCCUCGUUGACGUGCAUGAUGCAGUCGAGCAGCACAUUUUGAACUUUGAAAAAGAGAUCACUCUCUCAGCGGGAGAGAAUCUAGGCCGGGACAAGCUUCCCAAAUUCAAGGGGUUUGUGAAUCUGACAGAAAGUGCCACCUCCCGCUACAUCCACAUGGCUUCUGACAUCCUCAGCCCUCGAAACAGGGAUUGGCAGAACUCCCAAAAUCACUGGAUCGCUUUCUGUGAGGAGAAGAACAACCCGUCCAAACUCGCAGCAAACCAGUCAAACAAGUUCAACAACUACUUCGAAGCCGCAGCGGGUCUCGUCCACCAUCACAAGGAGGUUGCUCUCUUCUUCUCCGACGUGCUGUCACUGAACAACGAUAACUACUCAAACGUCAUUCUUGAGAGCGUUGCCGCUGAUGCUAGUGAUUCCAUCAUUCAGUGCCUCGUGUGCGUCCUGGCCAUCAUUUACUGCAAAAUCCUCGGCCCGUACUGGCAGCUGUUAAAAAGUGGAGGCGAGUUCUCUCUCUUUAGCCAGUACAUGCUCCGUCUUUACCAGAAGUUCCUGGAUUGGUCCAAAGAUCCUUCAACUCUGCUGGAGCCGGAGGAGAUUACAAACGUUUUUCUGCAGUGCCCAUCGCAAGAGAAUACCUUUGAUGGCGUGUUUGAUUACUGUGGUGAGUGGCGCACAAAUCGGGACCUGAUCAAAGCUUGCCUGAAGAGGGCGAUAAAGAUUAUUGCAGGCGUCACUGAGGAUCACUUGAAGAAUUUCCUGCCCGGAGGAACUUUGUCCAAACUCCCGUCACCAGAUUUAAGCUUGCAACUGGCGAGUUGCACGUUCUCCGUCCUGAUGGCGAAAUAUCCCAUCACCCACGUGUACCCUUACACGAAGAAAAUAUCUGACAAGUCCCCGAAAGCCUCCUCACAGAAGAGCUUGCCCCUGGAGAGCUCUCAGGAAGAAGAAGGCCGGUCUGGUUCGCUGGAUAACAGCUCGGAUGAAUCUUCCAGUGGGCCGGCUGUGAAGAAUUCACACUCUGGCCAGCAAGACGAUGCAAGCAGCAGUCACAGAGAAAUGUCAGUGAGAGUACAAGAAGAGACGGAGGAGAACAUGGACAGUAACUACAUCACGUCCACAGUGAGGACCAACGGGGGGCCGUGCCUGACGCAGCAGGACGUGGACAGAAUGAUGCUGCGCUUUGACGGGAAAAACCGGCUGGAGACACGAGAAGCCAUGCGGUGCGAGAUCCUUUACCAGAAGAUGAUUCUCAACAACACCAGCAAACACUUGAACGGCAUCUUCCGCAACUCCUCCCAGAUGGUGUUGAAGCUGAAGCUUGCACUUCCCAGGAUUAAACCUGGGUUCUCUCUGGUUUUGGCUCCUAAGAGGACAUACCUAAAGUAGGUGUUCGGAGAAGUGAUGCAGCUGCAGCUGAGCAGAGGGAAGGCAGCAGCACGGGGGGGGGGGAUGACUUGUGCAGAGAUAGGAUUGACUUAUGUAUCGUUCUGUUUGUCAUGUUGUGCACCAGUCAGCUCAUGUUUGUUUGGCUGUUGCUACCGACGCAGAAAAAAGACUUAAAGGAUGUUAUAGUUUCUCUGGAAGACAAAGAAACCGCUGCUGCCUUUUAAAAUACAAAAACUGACAGAUUUCAUGUUUGAUGCCGGGCUUGUUCGAGGGACAUUUUGUUAGAUUUGUCACUUUUAUUUCUGAUAACACUGAACUAUUUCAUUUGCAUGGCACUGGAUACUAAAAAAAGACACAUUUAAACAUGUAUAUAUAAGUUUAGACCAAGAGUUUACCUGUUGUGAUCAUGCAGAGUUAAAAUAUGUUCAAUCAAUGAUACACUGUCACAAUAAACCCCUCCUAUGUUUAUACAUAUAUAUAUAUUUUUUUGUCUUAUUUUGUUUUUGUUAACUUUGUGAUAAAGUAGAAACAGUUAGUCAAACGUCUUCUCCUCGAUCCGAGAGUUAAAUGUUACAGAACAGCCUCAGCUCUGGUUCCUUGGGCACAAAGGACAUUAGAGGUUGCAUCACGUCCAGCAGCCAUGUCAGUGAGUUCAUGCUUAUAGAAGCUUUGACUGACAGAGCCUGAAGAAAAGGGGGGGUCAAUAAGGAGAUUAUAGGGGUCAUUGUGCAGAUAUGUUUGUUUUUCCUGGUUAUGCCUAUUAUGAGGUGCAGGUGGAGACAUCUUUUGUGUUUGAUUGAACAACUUCGAUGUACUCGUGUCCCCUUGUCAGCUGUUCAGUGUUUGAAUUGUCUCCAUUAA